AUGGCUGACUCCGACGAAGAAUAUGUGGGAGAGGUCACGGAAGAUGAGGAUGAUCUACAGGUGAAUCGUGGCGAUGACCCACGAGCCAAAAAGAGAAAGCAGCGUGGAGGCGCAGAAUGGGAGCUAUCCAGAACUUGGGAAACUCUUGUGGAAGGAGCUGAUGGUACCAUCAACUCAACUGUUGAGGGACUGCUGGAGGCCGGGAAGCGAAAAAGGCUUUUGAAAGAUACGACACCACUGCAGCGUGGUAUCAUUCGACAUCUCAUCCUAAUCCUGGACCUCUCACAAUCCAUGUCCGAGAAGGAUAUGCGACCCACAAGAUACUUAUUGACUCUCCGAUAUGCCCAGGAGUUCGUCAGAGAAUUCUUUGAACAAAAUCCCAUAUCUCAGCUCGGCGUGCUCGGCCUGAGAGAUGGCCUCGCGCUCCGUGUGAGUGAUAUGAGUGGUAAUCCCACAGAACAUCUCAGUGCCAUCCAAGCACUCAAAACACAAGACCCCAAGGGCUUACCUAGUCUUCAAAAUGGACUGGAGAUGGCACGCGGUGCUCUUUUCCAUACACCUAGCCAUGGCACUCGAGAAGUGCUAAUAUUAUAUGGCUCACUUCUCUCCUCCGAUCCGGGAGAUAUUCACCAAACGAUAGGGACCUUGAUCAGCGACAAGAUUCGAGUGGGAAUCGUGGGACUCGGAGCGCAGGUCGCAAUUUGCCGGGAACUUUGUACAAAGACCAGUGGGGGAAACGAAACAGCGUAUGGAGUAGCGCUGAAUGAGCAACAUUUUCGGGAACUCAUGAUGGACGUGACUACGCCCCCAGCUGCCUAUUCACAGAAAGAGUCUACAAGCUCAUUGCUGAUGAUGGGGUUCCCUUCUCGCACAGUGGAGUCCAACCCCUCUCUCUGCGCGUGCCAUUCAAAGCCUUCACGAGGAGGCUAUCUUUGUUCACGAUGCAACAGCAAAGUGUGCAGCCUUCCUGCUGAAUGCCCAGCUUGUGGACUCACACUGAUUCUAUCCACUCAUUUGGCACGAUCAUAUCAUCAUCUGUUUCCCUUGAUCAAUUGGGUGGAAGUGCCAUGGCGUCGGGCCUCGCAAAGCUCCGGUUGUUUCGCUUGCGGUCUCACUUUCCCAUCUGUGCCCCCGGAAGAGCAGUGGCAAGUGGCAGAGAGUCAGACCAAGGGAAUGAGCGUGAGCAGUCGCUAUGAAUGUACCGCGUGUCAUAACCAUUUCUGUAUCGACUGUGAUUUAUUUGCCCAUGAAGUUGUGCACAACUGCCCCGGGUGUCAAAGCAGAAGCUUGCCUUUGCGGUCUGACACAGUCAAGACAACGGAUGGAAUGGACACGACAGUUUAG